AACAAGUUAAAGUUAAGCAUGGAUUUGAUUCAGCAAUCCGAACACCUAUGCUACGUUCAUUGCAACUUCUGCAACACUGUUCUUGCUGUGGGGAUUCCAUGGAAGAGGGCGGUCGAAACAGUGACAGUAAAAUGUGGGCAUUGCAGCAACCUAUCCUAUCUCAGCACCAGGCCUCCAUUUCUCCACCACCACACCCACUACCUCUUACAGGAUCGCUUUUCCAGUGAAACCAGGAAACACCAACCACCAUCUUCAUCUUCUUCGUCAUCCUCGCAGAUUAUCAAGUCUAUGCCGACUAACCCUAGCCAAGAGAGAGCACCAGUGGUUAAACCACCUGAGAAGAAACACAGGCUUCCAUCUGCUUACAAUCAGUUCAUGAAGGAGGAGAUACAACGGAUCAAAGCGGCACAUCCUGAGAUACCACAUCGUGAAGCUUUCAGUUCUGCUGCCAAAAAUUGGGCGAGGUAUAUUCCAAGUUCUCCAUCAGUGACCACAAUGUCGACUCGUACCGGCCACCCAUAG